AUGGCCACAGACCCGGCCGCGGAUUUUCUCGAGUCCAUCACGCGCCAUGGAGGAGAGGGGUGUUCGACUUUGGAUCUCAUGAAGCGACUUGAGCCGCAGACAUUCUCCCAAGACACGAUCAAGGAAAUGGAGCACAUCAUCACGACAGACAAGCAGCACAAACAAGCACAACGUAUUCGACGGGGGGAAGCGCUCAUAGCUGACAUCACCAAGUUGGGCGACGUCGAAGAAGCCCGCAAUAAACUCCGCGUUGUGUUCAUACCAGACAAGCCCUUGCCGCGUGUUCUGCGAAGGAGCAAACUCGUCGGGGCUGACAAGAAGGUGAUCACAUCCCUCGUGCGGCCGCUGUCCCCGAGCGAAGACGACGCUUACAGCAUCGCAACUCGGUCUAGCACCGCAGGGGACGCGUCUGGCUGCAGUUUGGCCACGACAAGGGCCACGACAAAGCGAAGUGGCAAGGGAAAAAAUACCCAAGAUCCAACUGAAGAAACGCCAGCUCAACAGAACAACACAAAGGCGAGAGAAUUUCGUCAAGACCCACUUUCCUGCAACGAUGACGAGCAAGUGAACGCGCUGAAAGCAGCACGAACGCACCUCGAGGACGACUUGCUGAAAGUGACGAAGAAACUCUUCCGCAAGUACGAGCGACAAGUGUUUCCCGGCAUCCACAGCAAGGCGGCGACGUACCAAACUCUGCACAAGAAGUGGUCUGAGCCCAACCUGACCGACGCCGCCAAGUACCGCGCUUACAUGGACGGUCGGUUUGCUACCAGCAACAACUUGGAGUUUUUCAAAAAGACGGCCGAUCCUCGAGACAACACCAAUAGCUUUCACCGGAUACAUCGGCAGCACACCAAAUAUGGCGACUCGCUUGCGUUUGCCAAGCACAGCCUGCGCGAUAAGUUCUAA